GAAAGUAAAGCUGCUCGGUCCGGUUGGUUUUACCAUAUCGUCUACGAUCAAGUACUGUUAUCUCAUUCUGAAGAGGACAAUUUUCGGACGUUGCAUCGUCCACAUUGAGAAAAAUUGGAAGAUGGUCCAGAAUCCAACUCACCGUGCCAUUAUGUUAAGAAACGCUUCCACCAGCAGAAAUCUCAGCAUGUUGUGCGCAAUGUUCCUUUAUGCUGCUGGAUUAGCGUAUCACACGAUAGUGCCGGUUUUCUCCAAAAAGCCCUUGAAACGAAAUCACACUGUGAGACCGUUAAUUAUGCCUGGUUACGAUGCAUUCUUCGACACUCAGUCUAGUCCAAACUACGAGAUCAUAUACGGCUUUCAGUGUAUCGCCGGCUUUCUAAGGUACAGCAUUACGAUAGCUGCGUUCAGUUUGGCUGUGAUUUUUGUAACGCAUAUCUGCGGUCAAAUCCAGAUACAAAUCGCACGUUUGGAAGAUUUUUCUCAGAGGAAGGGUAAAGUGGACCCUUGUCAUAAACCACUAGACAUCGUUAUUCGAGAUCACGCAGAGAUCUUACGAUUUUCUAAGGACGUUGAAAAAGCUUUGCGCGAAAUAUGUUUAACUCAGAUCGCGGAGUCGACGUUAAUUAUGUGUUUGCUUGAAUACUACUUGUUGAAGGAGUGGGAGAAUAGUGACGCUGUUGCGAUAUCAACAUACUCCAUUUAUCUAGUUUCCUUCACUUUCAACACGUAUAUAUUUUGCUACAUAGGAGAAAUUCUUUCCGACCAGUGUAGCCAAGUUGGUCCAGCCUCUUACAGAAUCAACUGGUACAGUUUACCGCCAAAGGAAGCUUGUAAUCUUAUUCUCGUGAACGCGGUAUCACUCUACCCACCAAAACUUACAGGCGGAAAAAUAAUCGUAUUAUCCCUGAAUACCUUUGGCAAUAUAUUGCAGUCUUCGAUAGUUUAUUUGAAUUUACUUCGUAGAGUCGAUUGAUUCUCAGUUAUCCUGAUUCGUGGGACGUAAUUACUGCUGGAUACCUGCAAGAGCUAACGCUGAAUUUCACAAUGAUAAGUAAUAUCUGUCAGCCAGUGUGAUCAGAGACUGAUGAAAUUUACAAUAAAUGAAACUAUUACCUUGCAUAUUUUAUACUUUGUUUUUGGAGAUGUGCCGAGUGACCAAGAGAACAAUGGUA